AUGUUUCGUAAUUUGUAUAAACGUAUUCUUUCGGUACCUCGGUCCCUUUCGGUACUAAGGGCUGGAUACCAAAAUUUUGUUAUGUCACAGGCACUAGCCCAGAUAGAGAGGGAAUGUGAACAGUUUUGUCCAGUGCCAAGAUUUCCACCACAAAAGGUGACAGUGGUAGGUGCCGGUAGCGACGUAGGACGCAUUGCAUCUUUGUUUCUCAAGCAACAGAACAUAAUUCGAACCCUAGCUUUAUACGACGACGUACCGGAGCGAUUCGUGCUUGGUGUUGCUAACGAUAUUGCUCAUAUAGACACCAGUACCGCUGUGGAGGGCUAUCAGGGACGAAUGUUCUUGAGACCAGCUCUUGAUAACUCAGAUGUGGUAUUAAUUUGCGGUGGUUCUUAUGUGAUGCCGCCGUGCUGCAGCAACCCCGACCGGGAGCUGUUCUUCAAUAACAUGCAACUGGUGCGUACCACGACGUUGGCGGUGGCGCAGUUCUGUCCUCAAGCGGUCAUCGCCAUACAGACGCCGCCGGUGGACUGCAACUUCGCAUUGUGUAUACAUACAUUACAAACUGCCCGUGCGUACGACAAGCGACGCGUGUUGGGUGUAAACGCUAUCAAUGCCAUGCGUGCUAAUCAACUGUUCUCUACCGUAACUGGCGCGGACCCUGGUAUCUCCACCACGCCGGUGGUAUGCGGCACAGGCCGCUGCACUCGAGUUCCUGUAUUCUCCGCAGCUAAAGCUGGCAACUUCCCGCAGUCACAAGUUGAUUGCCUUACUCGUCUGGUGCGUGAGGCUGACGACAUCAUUUGCAAAGUGAAGAGCAACAACGAACAAGGGCACUUGUCUAUUGGAUUCUCCACUGCUAGAUUUGUUGUCAACAUUAUGAAAGGUCUGUUUGAAAAGCCAACAUUCAUCGAGAGUGCCCUGGUGGAGCAAGGAAAUCCAGAGAAGUGUUACAACAUGCAAUACUGCGCCACCCCAGUCACGGUAGGAAAAGGUGGUAUAGUGGAGUACGCUGUGCCUCCGCUCAAUGACUCGGAAACACAGUUGCUUGAGUAUAGCAAAUGUGAUCUAGAAGAUAUGCUGAACUUGGGUCGCAGUUAUGCGGUAGGCGACGAGUACUAUCUACAUCCAUGCAAAUGUUUCUCAUGCUGCACUCCACAGGACUGCAAAGAAUGCGCUGACUGUAACGCUACUGCCAAGAUAUAGAGAAAUAAUACACAUUAAUUUUAUACGAAACUUUAAGCCAAAAACAUAAUGAAGCAGAAAGGUCUUAUACGGGUUGAAUUUAUGAAUAUAUUAUAUUCAUAAAUACAAAUGUUGGUAUAGU